GAGGCACACCGUCUCUGGGCUGAGCCGCGGUGGACGUUUGGAGGGCAGCCGAUCCGCAACCUGUAAGCCCCGCACCGCCUCCUGUGGAAGCCUGAGCCCGCUGUGCAGCUUUCUCCCUUUGUCUCAUACCAUGUCCACCAAUGAGAAUGCUAAUUCACCAGCUGCCCGGCUUAACAGAUUCAAGAACAAGGGAAAAGACAGUACAGAAAUGAGGCGGCGCCGAAUAGAAGUUAAUGUGGAGCUGAGGAAAGCUAAGAAGGAUGACCAGAUGCUGAAAAGGAGAAAUGUAAGCUCCUUUCCUGAUGAUGCGACUUCACCACUACAGGAAAACCGCAACAAUCAGGGCACUGUGAAUUGGUCUGUUGAUGACAUUGUCAAAGGCAUAAAUAGCAACAAUUUGGAAAGCCAACUCCAAGCUACUCAAGCUGCUAGGAAAUUGCUUUCUCGGGAAAAACAGCCCCCCAUAGACAACAUAAUUCGGGCUGGUUUGAUUCCAAAAUUUGUGUCCUUCUUAGGCAGAACUGAUUGUAGUCCUAUUCAGUUUGAGUCUGCUUGGGCACUCACUAACAUUGCUUCUGGGACAUCAGAACAGACCAAGGCAGUGGUGGAUGGAGGUGCUAUCCCAGCRUUCAUUUCUCUCUUGGCAUCUCCCCAUGCUCACAUCAGUGAACAAGCUGUAUGGGCUCUAGGAAACAUUGCAGGUGAUGGUUCAGUUUUCCGAGACUUGGUUAUUAAAUAUGGAGCAGUGGACCCACUGUUGGCUCUUCUUGCAGUUCCUGAUAUGUCAACUUUAGCAUGUGGUUACUUACGUAAUCUUACCUGGACACUUUCAAAUCUUUGUCGCAACAAGAAUCCUGCACCCCCAUUAGAUGCUGUUGAGCAAAUUCUUCCCACUUUAGUUCGUCUUCUGCAUCAUGAUGAUCCAGAAGUAUUAGCAGAUACCUGCUGGGCAAUUUCCUACCUUACUGAUGGUCCAAAUGAACGCAUUGAAAUGGUUGUGAAAACAGGAGUUGUGCCCCAACUUGUGAAGCUUCUGGGAGCUUCUGAAUUGCCAAUUGUGGCAGAUUUUAAGACACAGAAGGAAGCUGUAUGGGCUGUGACCAAUUAUACAAGCGGUGGGACAGUUGAACAGAUCGUGUAUCUUGUUCAUUGUGGCAUAAUAGAACCAUUGAUGAACCUCUUAACUGCGAAAGAUAGCAAAAUUAUUCUGGUUAUUCUGGAUGCCAUUUCAAAUAUCUUUCAGGCUGCUGAGAAACUAGGUGAAACUGAGAAAUUGAGUAUAAUGAUUGAAGAAUGUGGAGGCUUGGACAAAAUUGAAGCUCUACAGAACCAUGAAAAUGAGUCUGUGUACAAGGCCUCCUUAAACUUGAUUGAGAAGUAUUUUUCAGUAGAGGAAGAGGAAGAUCAAAAUGUUGUGCCAGAAACUACCUCUGAAGGCUAUACCUUUCAAGUUCAGGAUGGGACUCCAGGGACCUUUAACUUCUAGGCUGUACAGCUGAGACAUAAAGUUUGUUGUGUACUAUGUUCGGUAUAAGUUUGUCUUACUGUUUCUCUACUAAGAGCUUUUUUUAAAUGUGGUUUGUUAUUGUAGCACUUUUUACAACAAAACUAUACUUGAACAGUUCCAAACUGUACAUACUGUAUGAAACUUGUCCUCUAAAUGGGUUUCUUAUUUCUAUGUGGAAUUUCRUAUCUUACAGU